AUGGAUUUAAGAAAGCUUCCGAUCGCCAAACCCGCUUCUCUCUUCUACCCAACCACGCGCCCCUUGACCGGCGUCACAUUCACCUUCCAACGCCGCCACGAGCCUCCUCCUCCUCAGCAGCCGCCGUCACAGCCUCCUUCCCCACCGCGGCCUCCCAACUCGGGUUUUCUCAACUGGGUAUCUUCUGUUCUCUCAAACCCAUCUCUGGAUUCUUCUAAAUGUGAAACCCUCAUACCCCUUUUGUCUCCUCACCAAUUUGAUCACUUGUCCUACUCCAUCAGGUCCAAUGUCAACCAAACAGCUCUUAAUUUCUUUCACUUUGCUUCUCACUCCUUUAAGUUUCGCUUUACUGUUCGGUCUUUCUGUGUUUUGAUUCAAUUGCUCAUUGCUUCAAAUCCCUUGUCCCUCCUGCUAGACUGCUUGAUUCGUUUGAUUGAUGGGAAUGUACCUGUUUCUCUAGUAAGCAUCAAGUUGGCCAUUGCGAUUUUGGAGUUGAACAAUGUGUCCCAACCUGCUGUUGGGACUCAGGCAUUGGAUAUGUUGGUUCAUGUUUACUGUACCCAGUUCAAGAAUUUGGGGUUUGGUUAUGCCGUUGAUGUGUUUGAGCACUUUUCAAAAAAGGGUGUGUUUCCAUCUUUGAAGACUUGUUUUCUGCUGAGUGCUUUAGUGAAGGCUAACGAGCUUGAGAAUUGCUAUUCUGUAUUUGAAGUUAUGAGCCGAGGUGUUUCUCCUGAUGUGUGCUUGUUUACUACUGCUGUCAAUGCGUUUUGCAAGGGAGGGAAGGUGGAUGAGGCAUUGGCUGUGUUCUCGAAAAUGGAGAGCGUUGGUGUUGCGCCGAAUGUGGUUACUUACAAUAGUGUUAUACACGGGUUAUGUAAGAGUAGAAGAUUGGAGGAGGCUUUUCAGUGUGCUUAUGGUUUGAUUAAGCAGGAGAAGUUUUACGAGGCAAAUUGUGUUUUCAAGGAAAUGCGUAGUAGGGGAUUUGUCCCGAAUGAGGUUUCAUAUAACACUCUGGUUGAUGGGUAUUGUACAAUGGGAAAUAUGGUUGAGGCAGUCAAGAUAAGGGAUGAUAUGGUAUCGAAUAGGGUUACGCCUAAUUCUGUUACUUUUAAUUCACUACUGCAUGGAUUGUGUAAAAGUAAUCAAUUUGAGCAUGCUGAGCAAUUUUUGGACAAGAUGCUAGCCAGUGGUUUACCGGUCAACCAAGUUGGGUUUUACUCUGUCAUUCACUGGUUAUGCACGAUAUCUAUUGAUGCUGCACUGAAAUUCACUACUGAAAUGUUAUCAAGAAACUUUAGCCCCAGUGAUAUUUUGCUUACCACAUUGUUUGUUGGGCUCUGUAAAGAUGGGAAGAAUUUAGAGGCAAUCGAAUUGUGGUUUAGGCUAUCAGAGAAGGGGUUUGUGACCAAGUCAAUGACCUCAGAUGCUCUACUCCAUGGACUUUGUAAGGUUGUUAGGCUAAUCAAGGAAAUGCUUGAGAAGGGUCUGACAUUGGAUAAGAUAUCAUAUGACACACUCAUAAAGGGAGUGGCGAGAGGUUUUGAGCUUAGGGAAGAGAUGUCUAAGCUACAGAUAAAAAAUUUAGGUUGA